AUGUCGCCGCAGGUCAUCCGAACGACGUCGCAAGAAGCGAUGCAACAUUGUGAAAAGCAAGAAGACAACGAAACCGGUCAACAGCUGCCGCAAGCAGACCAGAAUGCUUCCCAACCGGCAGAAAAAAAGACCCAGUCGUCAGCCGCGGGAUUAUCGGCCCAGGGCCCGAUCGCGUCCAGCAAGCUGUGGGCGAUUCAGCAAUUCUGGAGCAAGCAUGUCAGCGUGGUAGUCGACUUCGAAACAUGCCGCGACCACCUAGGUAAGUAA